GGCUCACCCAAUGGCAUCGAUCUCGACACCCAUCCCACCGCCCAGAAACUCGCAACAAGAGCCCAAGAAUUCAUGACCGAGAUUCAAAACCUCACGCCCGGAAAAGACCUCGAAAGCCGCCUCAAUCGCGACUACGGCCCAGGAACCCCCUACUACGAAGACUUCUGCAAAUACAUCAAACAAGGCCUCGCAGAAGGCUGGGUCGCAACCCACGAAAUCGACGGCCCAAAAUACCGUCGGGGAAAAAUCUCCCUCCCCUCCCCCUCCACCCUCUGGAUGUCCCUCACAGCCGUCUACUUCGAUUCCCAACCUUCAUAUUCCGGGCAAUACCACCGACACCCGUAUGGAGAGAUUAAUUGUGUUGUUCCUAUUGAUGAGGGGUUUGAGCUCGAAGGUUUGCCUGAGGGGUUUUGGCAGGGGGCGGGUUGGACGAGUCCUGGGGCUGGGACGCAGCAUUAUCCUAGGGCGAGAGGGGGAAGGGGUGUGGCGUUUUUCUUUUUGCCGUGUGGGAGGAUUGCUUAUGAUGGUGGAACUUGA